CUAGGGUUUCCCGCGGCAACUUGGCUAUAGUAGAGAAGAGAGAACCGCGAAAAAUGGCAGAGAAAGCUCCCGUUCCGAUGGUGCAAUGCUUUGGCCGCAAGAAGACGGCGGUGGCUGUGACCACCUGCAAGCAAGGCAAAGGAAUCAUCAAGAUCAACGGUUGCCCUAUCGAGCUGGUGGAGCCUGAGAUCCUCCGCUUCAAGGCAGUUGAACCAAUCCUUCUCCUCGGCCGUUCUCGCUUCAACGGCGUCGAUAUGAGGAUCCGCGUCAAGGGUGGAGGGCAUACUUCCCAGAUCUACGCCAUCCGUCAGAGCAUCGCCAAGGCUCUCGUGGCUUUCUACCAGAAGUACGUUGAUGAGCAGAGCAAGAAGGAAAUCAAGGACAUCUUGGUCAGGUAUGAUCGGACUUUGCUUGUGGCUGAUCCCAGGCGGUGCGAGCCCAAGAAGUUUGGUGGAAGAGGUGCAAGGGCGAGGUUCCAGAAGAGUUAUCGUUAAGCUCUCUGUUGGUUUUGGAAAAUUAGUAGUCUGGGUUUCUGUCUUUUUUCAGGGAUAAUGCUUAUGCUUUUAAGUUUUAUGAACUGGGGAAGAUUAGUAUUCGUAGUUAUGACUGUUUAAAGUUUCCAAAUUUUAAUUCAUGUUUUGCUUAUUUUAUCUACUCAUAAGAGGUACUGUUAUGUUGCUGAGGUUUUGGAUUGUAUUGAUGAAACUAGAAUCAGUUAUUUGUGGGAUUUUGUUACUUUUAGCUUAUAAAUCUUACUGUUAUAU